CAUCAUCUGUAUCAUGUCUUGAGCUGGCGGCGUUGACUUGACACCACCAAUUCCAUCAGCAGGCUAGCUGCUGAUGUGCUGCAACCUUAUGCAUGACGGAGAACCAUGUACACACACGAACUGGCUAGCAAUCAUAGCAUGGGAGAGGUAGAGGAGAAGUAGUGCAGAUGAAGAGAAGACUAAUCCUCUCCUAGCCGUGUGUCAUGUCCCGUGUGUCCUUGUCUAUAUAAGGAGCACCUUUCCUUGAGCACUCUCUCCUCACCCCCUCCACCUUGUUGCUAGCUGCCUCUAGCCAGCUCAUAAUAGUAGGAUCCAUUGCAUCGUCGCGAGGAUGGCCGGCGGUGCCAUGGUGAACACGGCCGGGGGCAAGGACUACCCCGGCAAGCUCACCCUCUUCGUCUUCUUCACCUGCGUCGUCGCCGCCACCGGAGGGCUCAUCUUCGGAUAUGAUAUCGGUAUCUCAGGCGGAGUGACCUCCAUGGACCCUUUCCUUGAGAAGUUCUUCCCGCAGGUGUUCCACAAGAAGAAGGAGGUCAAGACCAACCAGUACUGCAAGUACGACAACCAGCUGCUGCAGACCUUCACCUCCUCGCUCUACCUCGCCGCCCUCGUCGCCUCCUUCUUCGCCGCCACCGUCACCCGCGUCAUGGGCCGCAAGUGGUCCAUGUUCGGCGGAGGGCUCACCUUCCUCAUCGGCGCCGCGCUCAACGGCGCCGCCGAGAACGUCGCCAUGCUCAUCAUCGGCCGCAUACUGCUCGGAGUCGGCGUCGGAUUCGCCAAUCAGUCUGUGCCGGUGUAUCUGUCUGAGAUGGCUCCCGCUCGCCUCCGGGGCAUGCUCAACAUCGGUUUCCAGCUGAUGAUCACCAUCGGUAUCCUGGCGGCGGAGCUGAUCAACUACGGCACCAACAAGAUCAAGGCCGGUUACGGGUGGCGCGUGAGCCUUGCGCUGGCGGCGGUUCCCGCCGGCAUCAUCACCCUGGGCUCCCUGUUCCUACCCGACACCCCCAACUCGCUGCUGGAGCGCGGUCACGCCGACGAGGCCCGGCGCAUGCUCCGCCGCAUCCGCGGCACGGAGGACAUCGGCGAGGAGUACGCGGACCUGGUGGCGGCGAGCGAGGAGGCCCGGCAGGUCCGCCACCCGUGGCGCAACAUCGUGAAGCGCCGGUACCGCGCGCAGCUGACGAUGGCGAUCAUGAUCCCCUUCUUCCAGCAGCUCACCGGCAUCAACGUCAUCAUGUUCUACGCGCCGGUGCUGUUCGAGACGCUGGGCUUCAAGGGCGACGCCUCGCUCAUGUCCUCCGUCAUCACGGGGCUCGUCAACGUCUUCGCCACCGUCGUCUCCAUCUUCACCGUCGACCGCCUCGGGCGGCGCGCUCUGUUCCUCCAGGGCGGCGCCCAGAUGAUCAUCUGCCAGGUGGUGGUGGGGUCGCUGAUCGCCGCCAAGUUCGGCACCAGCGGCAUCGGCGAGAUGCCCAAGGGCUACGCGGCGGUGGUGGUGCUCUUCAUCUGCGUCUACGUGGCGGGCUUCGCCUGGUCGUGGGGGCCCCUGGGGUGGCUGGUGCCGUCGGAGAUCUUCCCGCUGGAGAUCCGGCCGGCGGGGCAGAGCAUCAACGUUUCCGUCAACAUGUUCUUCACCUUCUGCAUCGCGCAGGCCUUCCUCACCAUGCUCUGCCACUUCAAGUUCGGCCUCUUCUACUUCUUCGGCGGAUGGGUCGUCAUCAUGACCAUCUUCAUCGCGCUCUUCCUGCCGGAGACCAAGAACGUGCCCAUCGAGGAGAUGGUGCUCGUCUGGAAGUCGCACUGGUUCUGGAAGAAGUUCAUCGCCGACGAGGACGCGCACGUCGGCAACGGAGCCGCCGCCCGCAAGGGGGCCGACGCCUGAUGAGAUUCAUUAUAUAUUCUGCCCAUCCGGAUCGACUUGAUUGAUUGUACAUGCAUGAUGUUCGAUCUUCUCUUGCCUUGUGAUCCAUCGAGUUAGUAGCUACGAUCGACUAGUGUUUGUGUAACGAGUGUUUGUUACGAACGCCGAUUAAUUCCUUCCAUUGUCAACUAUAUAUCUCGUCAACCAUAUACUCCUGUAUAAGAAAGAUUUCAUCUCUGACAAGGUUUCGGCAUCCUAUGUUUCGGCAGCCA